UGAUGGUCCCCACUACGCAACUGCCUGGCGGGGACAGCAGAGCCCGGUGGGGGCAUGUUGCCAGCCCUGCCUGGCACUGGCCCAGGGCCCGGCUGGCCGAGGGGGCUGGCAGGGACCCAGCGCUGUGGGGGCUGCCCCUUCUCAGCUGUUGCUGUCUGUGAAGCUCCCCGUGACGGUCCCGCCGGGCUCAGCCUCGCCACCAGCACCCAGCGCCCGCGCAUGGACUUGUGCCACGUCCCCCCCACCCGAGAGAAGGGCUGGUACCUGGCGCUGAUGGCCCCCAACGUCAAGGGUCCCAACUACGCCUGGCUGGACCCCUCCCGGCUCUACUGCCACCCGCAAGGCUUGCAGGACUGCGUGGCCGACCUGCUGCAGCCCUUCCAGGGAGACCCCAUCGACAUGGUGGCCGGUAUCGACGCCAUGGGCUUCAUCCUGGGCGCCGCCGCCGCCGCCGUGCUGCAGAAGGGCUUCCUGGCCAUCCGUAAAGCUGGGCACCUCUGUGUGCAGACGGUGUCACAGCCCUACACCGACUACUCGGGCCGGGAGAAGGUGAUGGAGGUCUGCGCAUCCUCCUCGUGGACCAGUGGGUGGAAACCGGGGGCACCAUGCGAGCGGCCAUCCAGCUGGUGGAGCAGCUGGGGGGAGUCGUGGCAGGUGUGGCCGCCAUCUGCAUCGAGGGCAGCGAGGGCGGGCGGUGGAUCCGGGAGCAUUACAAGUGUGCCCACUGCGUGCCCCCCAGCCUGCAGCCCCGCUUCGACCGCCACCAGCUCGGCCAGGAGUGAUGGGGGGCUGGCACCCCCCCCACCGUGCCCUCCUGCAGGGCUACCAGCAAUUUGGGACAGGGAUACCCGGAGCAUCCCCCACCCGCUUUGGCUUUCACUGUACCCGAGAUGCUCACCCCUCCGUGGGGGCAGCCAUCCUCCCCUGGCUCCAUCCUCCCACCAGCCUGCGAGCCUGGGGGGGCUGUGCCAGGGGGCAGGGGGAGUCACAGCCGUCUCCAGCCUCACACCUUUCUUAAAAAGCAUUAAAAAAGUUUUAUUAAGAAAAACGGGAGCCCAGGGGCAUCUCCCCCUGCAAGCGGUACCUGGGUUUGCAUAGCUGAGGGAGCCGCACAGGCACCCCUGCCCACCCCAGCUGGGGGUGCCCGGGCAAAUGGGGG